AUGCCCAUCGCGCCCAUCACCGGAAAGCUCAGAAAGAGGCUCUGGCUUGACCUCUCCGUCGCCCUCGGGCUCGGUGUUUCGUCUGCGUACGCCUACUGGUAUGGCAUCCACCUCAAGAUGGUCCAACGCCAGGAGGAAUUCUACCUGAAGCUCGAGAGGCAGAGGAUUCAGCAGCAGUCAUGA